AUGAAAUUCACUUCACUCAGCGUGAUCAUUACUGCCACAGCAAUGGCUAGUGUAGUCAUCGCAUCCGUCAUUCCAAUCGUCCAAGGAGGCCCGGGUGGCCCAGGUGGCCUAGAUGGUCCAGGUGGUCCAGGUGGCCCGGGAGGUCAAGGAGGCCCAGAAGGAAAUCCUUCAAAUGGCACCUCCACAAAUGGGACCCAACCACUAGGCCCUCCCGCAAAUGGAACCCAACCGCUAGGCCCCCCCGCAAAUGGUACCCAACCACUAGCCCCCCCGCAAAUGGGACCAAACCACUGGCCCCCCCCCCCCCUGAAAGGGCGCUUUCAGACGGGCCUAAUCUAG